AUGACUCAGGUAGCGAGCACUGUCGUACACGAAGUGUUAGGUCGAAAAGCUCAAGACGUAGAUCAACCAAUCAUCGACUACAUCGUCAAUGUCCUCGCCGACGAAGACUUCGAUUUCGGCCUCGAAGGCGAAGGCGCUUUCGAUGCCAUUGGUGAACUCUUGGUCGAUUCCGGCUGCGUUACUGAUCAUUCCGAAUGUCGUUUGGUUUGUGGCAAACUGUCUGAAAAAUUUGGAAAGCAUGGGUUGGUUAAGCCUAAUCCAACAGUGAGAAGUCUUGCAACGCCAUUGAGAAUGUUUGAUGGAAUGGAUGAGGAAGAAGUUCCAAAGAAGAAGCCAGAGGUGAUAGAUGGUCCUGUGCUAACUGAACGUGACAGAAUAAAGCUUGAAAGGAGGAAGAGGAAGGACGAACGCCAAAGGGAGGCACAAUACCAGACACAUUUAGCAGAAAUGGAAGCAGUCAAAGCUGGAAUGCCUGUUGCAUGUGUACAUCAUGGCGAGGGACCAACUGUCAAGGACAUCCAUAUGGAGAACUUCAAUAUCUCUAUAGGUGGUCGUGAACUUAUUGUUGAUGGUACUGUGACACUUUCAUUUGGAAGGCACUAUGGUCUUGUAGGAAGAAACGGUACUGGGAAAACAACUUUCCUCAGGUACAUGGCUAUGCAUGCUAUUGAUGGUAUUCCUAAGAACUGCCAAAUAUUACAUGUGGAGCAGGAAGUUACUGGCGAUGAUACAACAGCCUUGCAGUGUGUUCUUAAUGCUGACAUUGAAAGAGCCCAGCUAUUGGAAGAAGAAGUUCGUAUACUUGCAUUACAGAGAGAAUUGGAGAUGGAGGGUGAAACUGGAAAGAAUAAAGGGGAGUUGAAUGGGGGGAUUGACAAAAAUGCUAUUUCACAAAGGCUUGAAGAGAUAUACAAGAGGCUUGAGUUGAUUGAUGCUGAUUCUGCAGAGUCACGUGCAGCUUCCAUUCUUGCGGGUCUCAGUUUCACUCCAGAAAUGCAGAAGAAGGCUACAAAAACCUUUUCUGGAGGAUGGCGAAUGCGAAUAGCACUUGCUCGUGCACUAUUUAUUGAGCCUGAUAUGUUACUACUAGAUGAACCCACGAACCAUCUUGAUCUUCAUGCCGUCCUGUGGCUGGAAUCUUACUUGGUGAAAUGGCCGAAAACAUUUAUAGUUGUUUCUCAUGCUAGGGAAUUCUUGAACACGGUGGUCACAGAUAUUCUCCAUUUACAUGGACAAAAACUGAUUGCAUACAAAGGAGAUUAUGAUACCUUUGAGAGGACAAGAGAGGAGCAGCUCAAGAACCAACAGAAAGCAUUUGAGGCAAAUGAACGUGUGAGGGAUCAUAUGCAGUCUUUUAUCGAUAAGUUCCGCUACAACGCAAAGCGUGCAUCUCUUGUUCAGUCGAGAAUCAAGGCAUUGGAGCGGAUGGGUCGUGUGGACGAAGUUAUUAAUGACCCCGACUACAAGUUUGAGUUCCCUACUCCAGAUGACAGACCAGGCCUACCUAUAAUAAGUUUCAGUGAUGCAUCUUUUGGUUAUCCUGGGGGGCCGUUAUUGUUUAGGAACUUGAAUUUUGGGAUUGAUCUUGACAGUCGUGUAGCAAUGGUUGGCCCAAAUGGUAUUGGAAAAUCAACUAUACUCAAGCUGAUUGCAGGGGAGCUGCAACCAAGUUCGGGGACAGUUUACCGUUCGGCCAAGGUUCGCAUUGCUGUGUUUAGUCAGCAUCAUGUAGACGGGCUAGACCUAUCUUCAAAUCCCCUUCUAUACAUGAUGCGCUGCUUCCCAGGUGUGCCUGAACAGAAGCUUCGAGCUCACUUGGGUUCUUUUGGUAUAACUGGAAAUCUUGCUCUUCAACCAAUGUACACCCUGUCUGGUGGUCAGAAAAGCAGAGUUGCAUUUGCAAAGAUAACUUUCAAAAAGCCUCAUAUUCUACUGCUAGAUGAGCCAUCGAAUCAUCUUGAUUUGGAUGCUGUGGAGGCAUUAAUUCAGGGUCUUGUUCUGUUCCAAGGAGGCGUGCUGAUGGUGAGUCAUGAUGAACAUCUGAUAUCUGGAAGCGUGGACCAGCUGUGGGCGGUAUCCGAAGGGAAAGUGACACCUUUUGCUGGGACAUUCCAAGAUUACAAGAAGAUACUUCAGUCCUAGGAUGACUUGCAGUGUUUUUUUGGCUGUUAAGGUAAGGAUUAUCCUAGAAAGUUUUGUGAGAAUUAAAAUGUUGUGAGCAGCCCUUGCAGAAAACAAACAGGUAGUGGAGUUGGUCCCACCGUUUCUGAGUCAUGAUACACAGGAAUAUACAGCAUUAGUGAUGUUUUGUGUAUUUACUAGAUAGGGAAGAUGAUUAUGGAAGCUUAUGGAUACAAUUAGAAGUACUUGUUAAUUGCUCUUACAAGUUAUUGUGGACAUCCUAGGUAACUGAUCAGAUGUUUUCUCUUAAGUUACAAGUUAUUUCCAAUAUUGACCGCUUACACCUUAUCAACAUGUUCUUUAGUGAAGUCAAUAUAACUAUAUAGGGUGGUAGUUGGUUUUCA